UCUAGCCGUCAAUUACAGUCACUCUCCUUUUCGUGGUUAGUUUCAUCGAUCUCGAUCGAUUUCCACAUAAUUUCAGAAAACAUCUCGAACUCGUCGCACCAAAUUUUUAGACCCUCAUGGCCCCACAUGGAGAGGCUAUUGUGAGCUCUUACUCCAAUCCUGCUAGCAAGGCCUUGGGUGCCUUCUCCAAGCCGCCAAGGCUAUCGACCGACAACCUCCACCGGACCAAGUCGGACAUAACGUUCGAGCUGAUAAAAGAGGCAGCAGCGGAUCAGUUGAAUACGUCGGCAGCGGCCCUCCCGCCGAUAUCUGAGGUUGAGGAUGCCAAGUGUGAGUGCUGUGGCAUGAGUGAGGAGUGCACGCUGGAGUACAUCGAGCGGGUGCGCAAGAGGUUCUCGGGGAGGUGGAUAUGCGGGCUGUGUGCCGAGGCGGUGAAGGAGGAGGCGGAGAAGAACGGCGGCAGGCGGGACGAGGCGCUGACGGCGCACAUGAGCGCGUGCGCCAAGUUCAAGAAGAUCCGGGCGUACCCCGCGUUGUUCCAGGCCAACGCCAUGAGGGAGAUCUUGAAGAAGAGCACCGUGAGGGCUAAAUCUCUAAGCCCUAGGGACCCGGAAUGUCAAAAGAGAGUCAGUAUGAUCACGAGGAGCUCGAGCUGCAUUCCCGCCAUCACCAAGGACUUGAAUGACCUUAAUCUGGCCAACUGAACGUGCUUCCGAGAAAGCAGAACCUCUCUCUAUAGCUACAAAGAUUUGGAUUUUUGGUGUAUAUGGUUUCAUAUUUCAUCAACCUUGUGCACCAUUUAGUAAGGGUUUUUGUGUUUAAGCUAACAAGUUGAGUCCUCCUGUAACAGCUGAACCCUACCUAUACGAUAACUUGAUGGACAGGCCGUUUGUUGUUUACCUUCCGAAUGAAAGGUUUUUUGAGGUUGUUGUCCUUGUUGAGUUAUCGACCUGCAACUAGUCAAAAAUGGGGCAGAUACUUGAUGGUACUUUAAGGUUACAGAUGUGCCUUUUUUUGCCCAUCUUGUGUAAGUGUGACUAAUUUCGAUCUUUAUUUCGUAUUAGCCCUUUUUGUUUGAUUAGGAGCUGGUUGUCUAUCUGGUUUAUUGACCCCUUUUGCGAUAUUAGUCGCUGUAUCAAAUUAAGAAUAUUAUUGUACUCUUAAUUAAGUAUC